AUGCCGUACGCAGUCAGGCCCCCGCAGCAGGGGCCCCCGCCCCCGCAGCAGGGGCCCCCGCCCCCGCAGCAGGGGCCCCCUCCACAGCCGCAGGGGGCCCUCCAACCACCACAAAUGUACCCACCGGCACAGCCACAACAAGCGGCCCCUCCACCACAGCAGCAGCAGCAGCAGCAGCAGCAGCCACCGGCUCAAGAUUCCGGCAGAAAGAGCAGCAGCAGCAGCAGCAGCAGCAGCGACUAG